UGAGCCACCGCGUAAACGAAUUGCUCAUUACACGUAAGCUCGUCUUAUACUAUGUAUGGAACUGGGUUGAAGGUAGCUGGGAUAUAAAACUGCCAGUUCCCUGGAAGCAUUCCCUUUCCGAACACAGACAUCGGCUCAGCAAGCUUCGUACACCCUUAAACAACCCAGCUUAUUUACCAUCACGGCCCGUUUCAAAGACAGUCAAACCUCACCUCAACACCGCAGUUUUACCUCCACCACCUAAACAAACCAAAUCCCCGUCAACACACCACCCCCCAACAACCAACAACCCCCCCAAAAUGGCCCUCCAACCCACCCUCCGCGCAGCCACCCCCUCCGACAUCCUCGACUGCGCCGCCAUCGCCCACGCCGCGUUCGCCCCCUCCCCCAUCAUCCGGCACAUCCGCCCGGCCGCCGAAUCCGUGGCGCUCGGCCUGUGGACCGCCGUCGUCAGCGCCGCGUUCGCCCAGCCCCACGCCCACCUCGUCGUGGCCGAGGACGCCGCCUCGGGCGAGCUGCUGGGCUUCGCCAAGUGGGUCUGGGUCGAGGAGGGUGCGGUCGUGCCCGGUAUCGCCGCCAGCGCUGCUGUGGGCGGUGAUUCCGGUGGGGAUAGUGAGGACGAGCGGGUGGGGAUGGAGGAGCUGUGGGGGAUGGUGGGGGACAGGGAGUUCGCGAUGGAGUAUUUUGGGGCGCAGGCCGAGCAGCAUGAGAGGUUUAUGGGCCGGCGGGCGCAUUGGUAUUUGGAGUUGAUCUCUACGAAGGCGGAGGUUAAGGGGCGGGGGACGGGGAGGAGGUUGGUGCAGUGGGGGUUGGAGAGGGUGGAUGGGGAUGGGGCCGUGGCGUACUUGGAGGCGUCGCCUCAGGGGAGGGGGUUGUUUGAGAGGUUUGGGUUUGAGGUUGUGGAGAGGUUGGUUUACUUGGAUGGGGCGUAUGUUGAGUGUCCUAUGGUGAGGGCUGCGAAGGGGAAAGGGGAAUGAAAGGGGGACCGAAAGGUGUAAUCAGUGUCAGGAAUCUGGCACUACUACCUAUACAGCACUUGUUGGUAGAUUCAAACCAAAUUCAUGUCGACUUAUUGCAUAUCAGCCUUGGCUGAGUGGUCUCUUUUUCUCGAGUAAGGCAG